UUGAAUGUUAAUUGUACAGGUGUAUUUUACAAUUUUUGUUUAAUUAAAAAUGUUAAUAUAUUAAUAAUCAACCUGGUCAAAACCUUUCAGGUUUCUUCGUUUGAGUCAGUCGCCUUGAUUCAGAAUGUCACGAGCCUUAUGAUAUCAUGCUGAGGCGCCUUGCAAAUCCGACAAUUAAGAUCCUCCUAGACCUUGAGGUGAUCAGCAUAAGAGGCCAGAUCCCCUCGAGUCAUCUACACCUAGCUUCACCUUAUUCUUUAAAGGGCAGAAAAUUUGAGUCGGUGAUCGCCGUAACAGUAAAUUUGGCUUACAAUUGGGGCCCCCCUCCGCUUUAGAAAGAGGAACACCAGAUUGACCACAUUCCCAACUAGAAAAAUCUUCUUGCGUCAAUCAAGCCUCACCUGGCUCUUUUGGCUGUCAGUUUGAUCGUCGUUAGAUUGAAGAAAACAUCUAGAUGCAGCGAUCGGCUAUAGAUACUUCUAGAUCAUCUAGAUCUACUAGACCUACUACUAGACCAUGGGCCAAAGAGGGUCGACCUGCAAACUUGCAAGGUCACGAUCUAGAUCACAUUCCCGAUCCAGGGGAAGGCGAUACUCUCGCUCACGUAGUAGGAGCCGCGGUAGGAGGUCAAGAUCAGCAUCUCCUCGACGAUCAAGGUCCGUGUCUCUUCGUAGAUCAAGAUCAGCUUCACUCAGAAGAUCUAGGUCUGGUUCUAUAAUAGGAUCGAGGUAUUUCCAAUCCCGCUCAAGGUCGAGAUCAAGAUCCAGGUCUAUUUCACGACCAAGAAGCAGCCGAUCAAAAUCCAGAUCUCCAUCUCCUAAAAGAAGUCGUUCCCCAUCAGGAAGUCCACACAGAAGUGCAAGUCCAGAAAGAAUGGACUGAAGUUCUCAAGUUCACCCGUUAGGGAAAAGUUAUUUUGUUUACAUUAUUAUAAGGGAUUUGUUAUGUCUGUAAAGUGUAACCUAGGAAGGUUCAUCAACCAUCUAAUCAAAAUGGAUCUGGAUUAUUACUCUGUAAAAUUCACAGCAGUAAAUAUUGUUUUUGUUGAAUGUAUUAACAUCUUAUGGUCUGGAAAUGUAGGUUUUUAUUUGACACAUUUAAAUAAAAUGUUUCUAACUAGAUGUUUUGAUUUGUGUUCAAUAUUAAUACUUUUUCAAUUGGGUAAGCAUCAGACAAGUUUAACAAUCAAGAAAAUUGUUAUUGACCAUAUUUCUAUGGCCUGUAUUCAAAGUUUAAUGGUGUUGGUUAAGUAUUAAACAUCAUUAACUGUUCUAUACAUAGCACAGGCCAGGAUCUGAAAGGACUUUGACAUUUUCAUUUUACUCUUGUACCUUGGGUAAGAUGAUCUUUGAGUCCUCUUAAGAGCAUGAGUGCAUCAUGGCAGAUCCCUAAUUAACUGGGAAUUGGUGUUAACAAUCUCAAACUGUCAAGCUCAGAGGGACCACUGACAGGAAAUAAGCAGAGUUACUGAAAUGUCAAGAAGUAGAAACUGGUUUUUAGAGGCUGAGGUUUUAGUAGUAUAGUUUUUCAGACUAUUUAAGUUGGGAUGAUUCUGGUCAAUGUACUUUUUUUUCCCUUUCAAACAGCCAAUUUAAUACCAAAAAAUGCAUGUUUGAGGAAUUGUCUGAAUUUGGAACAAAACCUUGUAAACCAGCUUUGCAAAAUUAUUCAGCCCCAAUAUUCUGUUCUUUUGAAUGGAUUGCCUUAUCCUGUGCAAAAACCUGUUACUAUCUGAGCUAGAUUUUGCAGUUACUGACGACAUUGUUCUAUUUUGCCAAGCUGGUAUAAAGAAAUGUCAAGCAAAAAUGUAAAAGACAAAGCAGUUUUGUAAACCUUACAUAUUAGCAUUUCAUGUAGCUAAGGUUUGUUACGUUUUUGUUUUGGGUUUUUCCUCCUUUGGUAGUGUCUGGUAGACCUUAGAAUGGUGUAGACAGUAGGUUCUUAUUCAGACUUUAAAUAUAUUAUGCAUAAUAGGGCAGUAAUGAUCAUUUUCGAGUUUUUUGGACAAGCUUUUUACUAUAUUUCUUAGCCUUGGUGUAAAAAUAAUAGUACAGGAGUCUGUCCUUGUCUAUAUUUUAGGCUUUUUCAAUGAAGUUGUCUAAUAGUACUGCAACUUGAAUGCAUACUGGUCUGCCCCAAGUUUAUCUGGCUGAGUGGUCACUAGUGUGGUGAAAGUCAUUUGGAUUCUGUUCUUAAGAGUUUGACUGGUUGAAUAAGUGGUUGGUAUGAAGCUGUGUGUAAUCGGCAGACCUAUCUGUUGCACUUGGUUAGCUUUAAUUGUUCUGUAAGUUUGUUCAACAAUAAAUCUGCAGAGAUUGAACAAAUAA